ACUGUUAUCAUUUCAUUCCAUUUCAUUAUCUUGUUCGGUUCGGUUGGUUUAGCGGCUAGACGCUUUCGGGCUUUGGGGUUCUCGUCUCACGUUAUUCAGUUUCGUGUUUUCGCGCAACCAUUCACAACAAAAUCCCAACAUAAAAAUAUUUACGAAAACUAUUAAUGAAAUCAAUAUUGAAUUAAAGAAAUAAAAACACCUAACUGAUAACCAAGACAUACAACAAGGGUGUCGCGCGGUUAAUUUACAAAAGACGUAGAUAUACUACACCCCCAUCAAAACAAUAGAGCAAAACACCUGUAAACUCCCAACAGUCCUAAAUUUAGUUUAUUGUACAUAGUCAUCUUUAAGUCCUUAGAGAAAAUGUUUUUCACAAUUAUAUUUACAACACUAUUUGUGCUAGUGGCAUGUGCCUUUUGGUUUACAAAAACAACCAAAGAAUUACCUAAGACAUGGUAUGAAUGGAAGACGGAAUUUCGGUAUCAAUAUCUGGGAAUUUUGGGUUUAGUGGAUGACUUCAAACGAAGAUCAGUCAAUAGAGUUGAACUUUACAAGCAACCAGAUCGUAUUGCUGUGAUAACGGGAGGCAAUCGUGGUAUUGGCUUAAGAAUAGUUGAAAAGCUUUUAGCCUGUGAUAUGACUGUUAUUGUGGGUGUUCGUGAUCCCAAAGCUGCUGAACAAAUUUUCAAAACCACCAUCAAUGCAGACAAGUCAGAUGGAAAAUUGAUAUGCGAAGAAUUGGAUGUGGGCAGCAUGAAGUCGGUGAGACAUUUUGCUCAAAAAAUUAAGGACAAAUUUAAUAAAGUGGAUCUUUUGAUAAAUAAUGCUGGCAUUAUGUUUGCUCCCUAUAAAAUAUCCAGCGAAGGCUACGAAUCUCAUUUUGCUGUUAACUUUUUGGGUCACUUUUUGCUGCAACAUUUGUUAAUGCCUUUAUUGAAGGCCGCUGGCAAAGAGGAGAAACGCUCGCGUAUUGUAAAUGUUACCUCUUGUGCCCAUUUGGUGGGACGUAUUAAUUACAAGGACAUAAAUGGAGAGAAAUACUAUUCCCCUGGUGAUGCCUAUAGUCAAUCAAAACUAGCCCAAAUACUUACAACCAGACAUUUACAACAAGUUCUAGAUAAUGAAAAGGCCUAUGUUCAAGUAAUAGCUGUGCAUCCAGGCGUGGUGGAUACUGAUCUCUUUGAACAUUCUGCCACCACGGCAGUGCCUUGGUUCAACAAACUUCUGUUCAAAACACCCGAACAAGGCUCUCGCACUCCUGUCUAUGCGGCCAUUUCGCCACGCAUUGAAGGCCAGGGUGCCCUAUAUUUGAGCAAUUGCCGCAAAGGCGCCAUCAAACGUAGUGCUUUGAAAGCCGAAGUCUGCGAGAAAUUCUUUAAAUUUGCCUGUGAUUUAUUGAAAAUCGAAGACUUUGGAUCGGGCAAAUAAAUGGUGUACUACUACUCAUUGGGCAAUUAUUCCGCUGUGGGUGAAUGAAAUUCACUGGAACUUGUAUUUAUCAUCUCUAUUCCAUAUUUAUUUACAGACUAUUUUAUAUUUUCAUCUUAACUCAAGAACAACCUCAAACUCCUCAAGAAUAAUAAUGUAUUGUAUUAAAGUUUACGUCCGCUAUUUUUUUAGAUUUUUAAACACU